AAGGGAUAGAAAUAUUGACAAGACAACCCUCCAAAGAUUCAUAAAGAAAACAGAGAAAGGGGAAGUAAAAUCAGUAGCCUGGGUGCAGUAGCUGAGGCAAAGAGAAUAUUCACAGAUGAGAUGGAGGAGGAGCUUGCCAAACACUUGAAACAACUAGCUGACCAGUUCCAUGGCCUUGCUCCAGUUAAGUGCCGUGAACUGGCAUUUGAAUACGCAGAGAAAAACAAUAUCCCUGUCCCAGCCAAUUGGACAGAGAAACAAUGUGCAGGACAAGAGUGGUUUGGCAGCUUCCUAGCACGUCGCCAUCUCUCUGUCCGUACUCCGGAGGCAACAUCCCUGGGAAGGGCUACAGCCUUCAAUAAAACUACAGUGGGGGAGUUCUUUGAAAAUCUGGCUGUAGUGAUGGACAGGAACACAUUCCCUCCACACAUGAUUUACAAUGUGGAUGAAACAGGUGUCUUUACAGUACAAAAGCCACAGCAGGUUGUGACAGAGAAAGGAAAAAAGCAAGUUGGUUCUAUCACAUCGGCUGAGAGAGGAGAACUGGUGACUGUGGUGUGUUCUGAGUCCCAGGCUGUUCUAGCUGGUUCUGAUUAUGGUCCCAUGACUGUGUUCUAAUCUAACUGGUUCUAUCUGUCAUUUGAAUGCUAAU